AUGCUAUCAGGCUCUUCUAUUGGAUCUCCCUCUUUGCACGGGCAACCAUCAUCAUCCAUGCAGGGAGCGGUGGUUCCUUCAUCACUUGAAGAGUUGCAAAGAGAGUUUUCAACACUUGUGCAAUGCUUGUUUAAGCUGGGAGGAGGAGUCGGAAGCUCUCCGCAGCAAGUAAGAGAAGCAGAAAGUGAAUUGAUAUCAUUUCCAGGACGAUGUCCAUAUUAUGGGGUAUUGCUACUUCAUGUUUCACUGUAUGCCUAUUUGCCUUUUAGGAAUAAUUUUUGCAUCAAUCAAGGAGAUAAUUUCAUCAAUAUUUCUAUUCAUUUUCCUCUCUAUCAAUUAAUUGAACAAGAACAACAAUUGAAGAGUGUUAUCAUCAGUCCUGCAAUUAGACAAUUAGCUGCUGUUCUAUUGAAGGGAUAUAUUAAAUCCCACUGGAAUAACAUUCAAUCUCCACAAUUGAAAAAGCAAUUCAAAGAUGCUUUACCUUUGGGACUUAUGGCAAGUGAUUUGGAAGUUGAAGUCCCACCAUCAUUUCUUUCAAAAAUCAACACUGCAUUCGGAAUGAGUAUUGCCGAGGUUGCAGAGCAUGAAUUUCCUGAAGAAUGGGGAGAUUUAAUUCAAAUAUUAAUUAAUAUUUAUGAAAGUGGUCUAGUGAAUCAUCAUCAUUAUGCUCAAUCCUUAGGCUCACUAAAAUGUUUGUCGUUAGUCGCACAACAUUUUUCUGAUAAGCAUACAGUAUUUGUGUUUCCAGUACUUGUGCCAUAUAUGCUCAAUGUAGCUUCUAAUACUCAACUUCCUGAUCUCAUUCGAGCAAAGGCAUUGACUGUUUGCUCUGAAAUGUUCUAUUUAAUUGCAAUGGUUGCAGGCGACCCAAGUGAUGAAGCAGAUGAUGAGUUUGAGUAUGUAAAUGAUGGAGAUCACGAAAGCGAAGAUGUCAAUGAAGAUGAUAACACUCAAGAUGAUUCCAAAAUAGAUGAGAAACUCAUAGAAGAAUCAAAAAAGAUGUUGUCAUCAGUUAUUGGGCAAACUUUGAAUUUAAUUCUGGGAGAAAUUUCCAAUCCAAUUACAAAUGUAAACUCAGAUUGUUCCUUUAAGAUGGAAUGCGUAAAAACGAUGAACAUAUUGGUGAAAGAAUUUGGAAAAAGUUUACAAGACGCUGUUAUUCACGUGUUGCAAUCUACUUGUACUUCCUUGAGUAGUGAAUAUGAAAUUUAUUUUAAACAUGCAAUCCUUUCACCAAAUGAAAGUGGAAUUGCGACAAGCCAGAUUGCUGAAAGGUUUGACACCGAAGGAGAAAGCAUCAACUUUACAACAGUUAUUUGCCAGCAAAUCGAGUUGUUGGCUACUAUUGUAUGCAGUCGUCAACUUUCCAAGAUACUGUCAUCCAACAAAAAUAAUUUGGCUCAAUUAACUUAUUUACUUUUAGGAUAUUGCCAAUUACCUCAGCAUUUGAUGGAGUUAUGGGAAGACAAUCCUGAACAAUUUGUAUCGGAAGAAGAUAAUCAAUUCUCUAGUUAUAGCAUUCGAACAUCAUGUCUGAAAUUGCUUGAGGAUUUUAAUGAGACCUAUGACACUCUAGGCAUUGAGAGUUUGUUAGAUGCUUACAACAAGAGAAUGCAAGAGUCUCAAUCUUUAUAUAUUCAAAACCCUAACAGUAGUACCUGGUGGAAGUUGAGAGAAGCUUCUCUAAUGACUAUUUCUAGCUUUACUGAGUUUAGAGAUCACAUAGAAGACAAUCCAAAAGUUUUUGACCUCGUUUCUUUGAUUUCUCAACUACUUGAUAACGACUUGAAUGUUUCCUCAGAGCAUUUACCAUUUUUGAAAUCCAGAGCUAUUCAAUGCUCAAGCUACUUUUUGAAUCAAAUUUCAAAUCCAAAAUUGUUCACGGUCAAUUUGGAUAUGAUCAAGCAAUUAUUUAUUACUUAUGUGAACCAUAUGGCAGAGAAUCAGCCUAUACCAAUUAGAUUGUACUCAUGUCAAGCUACAGCUCGAGUUUUUUGUUUAGAAAAACCUCUAUUAGAUUCUUUGCUAUCAUCAUUUGGAGCAAGUAGAGACGAACUUUUACAUGGCAUUUUGGCAAGCAUGUGCAAACUAGUGAAUGAUAUUGGAGAAGAGCCCAUGUACAUUCCAUUGGAAAGCAUUGCUGUUUUUGUUAAUUUUCUUCCACAAGUUGUUAUUCCUCACAGUGAGACCGUUAUUUCUAUUAUGCUAACCCAGCUAAGCAAAUUUUCGAACGACAGAACUAUUGCAAGCGAUAUUAUCAACGUUUUUGAUAAAUUGGCAGAAAUUCCAGAAACGGAAGCCCAACUUGUCAACAAUGUAAUUCCCAAAAUUUCUCAAAUAUUCAUUAGCUCUGCAACUGCAACAGCUCCAGAUUUUAUUGAGAAUUUGCUUGACCUUUCUCACACAAUUAUUGUACAUGCUAAAAAAGAGGAUAUGCUUACCGUGUUAAACACUCUAUACCCUAGUUUGAUGAAUUUGGGAUUUUCUAAUGAGGAGCCAUCAUGGAUUCAAAAGAUCACUGAGUGUCUUAGAUCUAUUGUUCAUGUUGGAGAGGAAAUGAUUGUGCAACAUCGAUUUAUAAGCCAACAACAUCAAGUAUCUUCAUUCCAGUUCUUAUUAGAGUAUAUAGCUAGAUUACUUCAACCAAAUUUCAGUGAUUCAGCAGCUUUUGGAGUCGGAGAACUUGUGACUGAAAUUUUUGCCAAACUAAGCACUGCUCUCAAUAUAGAUAUUAUUGGACAAAUCAUCAAAGCUUGUGUGCUUAAGCUUUCAAUUUCAAAUGAUUUACUAUUUAUUCAAUCAAUAGUGUUUAUUUUUGCAAAACUCUUCCACCACCAAGACGUUGUAAAGAUGUUUUCCUUACUUGAAUCUAUUUCAAACUUAAAGGACUAUGCGAAUGGGUUGACUUGUGUGUUAAGCAAGUGGGCACAUAAUCAACAAUUCUUUUUUGGCCUUUACAAAUUAAAGGUCACGUCCACUGCUCUUGCAAAGGUUUUACAAACAGGAGAUCCUCGUUUAGCAAGUGUGAAUGUUUUAAUGGAGGUGAAAGAACCAACCACUGGAUAUCGAACAAGAUCCAAAAAGAUUAAGGAAAGACAGGUUCCUUUCGUGUUGUAUGCUUUUAUGCUUCUCAUUGACGCCUAUAUCCGAGCUUUAGAAGCCAAAGAGGAGGAGAAGAAUGAGGCAACUCUUGAGGGAAUGAUGUAUGGAGGUGGCGGCUUUGAUGAUGAAGAUCCAUUUGUGCCACAAGAUGAAUAUUUGAAUCAAUUAGCUCAGGGAGGUGGUGACUUUUCAGAUGAUGAAGGUGAUGAAGAUCCUCUUUCAAGCAAAGAUCCUAUCAAUAGCAUUGAUAUAGAAACAACUUUGCCUGAAGUUAUGAAAGAAUUAUGUUCUGUUAAUCAACAAGUAUUGCCUCACUUGGAAAAGAUUUUGACAGACAAACAAAAGCAGGCUCUGCAACAAAUGCUCCAAUAA